AUGUUCUUUAAUUUAAAUAAAAUAAAAACAACAAAAAUAAUUAAAAAUAAAUUAUUUGCAAUUAUUUUGUUUAUCUGUUUAUUUAAAAGUUUUACAAAUUCAAAACCUUUAAAUAAAGAAGAAACACAACAAAUAAUUCCUUCAAAUUUAAAUAUAAAUCAACAACUACAUUUCCUUCAAGAUUCAUCAUUUCCUCCAUCAAAAUAUAUUUCGAAACGAAGAAGUGCAGAAUUUAUAAAUGGUCUUCUUUCAUUAGAACGUUUAAAUUCUAUGGGGAAACGGUCAAUAGCAACCCCUCUGUUUUGGGAAUCGACAUAUUUUUAAAAGAAAAUUUGAAAAGAAAGGAUUUUUUAAAAUUAAUUUUGUUUUUUCUUAAUAUU